AUGGCAGUACGAUGGGCUGGUGGCCCGGUCUCUCCGGUUAUAUACCUGUGGGCAAACUGCGGGUUGACCCUGAGGAGAAAGAUGAGGGCACUGGUCAAGAGGAGAGGCCACCUGAUGGUUGAUCACGAUAUCCCUUUCAUGUACAUGGAGCCGUGCGUCGUCUCCGGGGAGCCAUCGGCAGAGCCUGUCUCUGUGGCCCUUCCUCCUCUCGCUGGGAAUGUUGUUCUGGAGAUCCGGGAGCCUGAAGAGAUCUUCUGGGCUGACUGGGCGACGGCGAACCAGGCCCCGUGGCAGCUUCCUCAAGGGGGAGGCGUGUUCGGCGUAUCGGAAAUACCAUUAAUGGGCUGAAGUGGAAUGCAAAUUCAGGGGGCGAUGUGCCGGAUCAUGGAGAGAUGAAGCACCAUGCCGGUGAUUUUCCGAACGGGGUGCUGGUACGGACAAGAAAACUUCCAUUUUGAGCAGAUUGCUUCAUAUGUCGUAACUCCAAAAGGCAUUUAUCCUUCCAUGCAGCUCUUGCUAUCUUAAAUUUCCCGGUUUCCUGAAUCACACUCAGACAUGCACUCAGAUAUAUAAAGCAGGCUGGCACCCAAGUGUCAUUAGAUUUCCAGCCUGCCUAGGUGCAAUGCUCAGACACACUCACCGGUUACCUCUCUAUUGGCUGCCAUUAUUACCAUUUUUUGGUCCCUAUUCUGGCUUCCGAUAUUCCUAGCUACCGCUUAUCGAAGCCGAAGGACAAAAAGAUCUCAGGACUAAGAGUGAUACGCGUUUCAUCACUAUUCUUUGUGAUUUUUUUCGCUGCCUCUAUUAGAUCCUGCAUCCCGAACCCUCCACUGACACUCGCAUCAUGUGUGACUAUAAGAGAGUAAUCUAUACUUGUCGCCAUGCAAAAAGUAUUGUUGUGGCCUGGUGUACUGUGUACCAGAGAACUCACAGACCCUGUGAACCAAACAUUGUUGACAGGGAACUGGCAAUAAAACUUUGCGGUAUGUUUGCUCAGGAAAAAGGGAAACCCCUGUGUUUUGCUUAUUGAGAUAUAGGAGGUUGCAACGGAAAAAGCCUUGUGAAGGGAAAAUGAUUGAUAACUAUGUUUCUAGAAGUAAACAAUGUCUCAAAAUCAGUCACACUCUCUUGAAAA